GGAUUCCCCAUAUCGUUAUUUCGCCAUGAAAUACUGUAUAUGUUUUCAUGGCGGUGGACAGUUGUUUGAUCCUCGACUCGCCACGUUUGUCCACACAGAGAAAUGAUCAACUGAAUGUGACGAUUGUCUUAGCGUCCGGACCCUCCGGUGACGGUAUAGAAGGGGUCAGGAACAGAAAUAUACCAUGGCGGCUAACCUGGCUAUGCCCUCCCACCUGGACUGUCCGAUCUGCAAGGAGCCCCUGACCCAUCCACGUAUCACUGACUGUGGCCACACCUUCUGCCAGGCCUGUCUCCAGAGCCACGUGUUCCAUAGCGGCGCCAGAUCCCAAGACCGGAAGUGCCCAAUCUGCAAUAAGGGGUUGAAAAUCCCGAAGGGAGGAGUAGAGAAGUUGCCCGUAAACUACCUGGCCGUUCAGGUGAAGUCGGCAGUGGACGAGGCGAGAGCGAUCCAUACGGACACUCAAUGUGUCGCCUGCAGCUCCGCGACAACGGUCGGCGUGUUCUGCCAGACUUGCCAGGACUACCUGUGUGGCAGGUGUGGGAAGAAGCACCUGGAGGUGUUCACCAGCCAUGACGUCACAGAAAACCUGGACAAUAUCCCCACAGCGAAGUGUAAGAUCCACCCUGGGAAGACGAUCAACUGCUUCUGCUCCCACUGCAUGACCGAGGUGUGUCCACUGUGUGCCACCUGCUCCCACUCUGAUGCUCCGCACAGAGUUAUCCCCCUUGAGGAAGCAAAGAAUGAGUUAAUGAAGGUCGUUAAAGGCAAACUUCUCACACUGAAGGACAUGAAGAAGAAAGUUUCAGGAGAUCAGGACACGAUCGAUAGGUUGCGGCAGUCAGCGGUAGAUAACUAUGCUCUACAGAAAGGCAUGGUAGACUCCACAGCAGAUGACGCUGUGCGGAGAAUACGAGAGAAGCAACAGGAUUUACAGAAGAGGAUCCAGAAUCUCCAUGACAACAACAUCAGGAUGCUUGACCUGCACGAUCGCUCAACGGAAGAGAAAUCUUCUUUGCUAGAUGCUACCCUGACUGACGUUGAGGCAGCGAUACAGGGUAUAACUAUAUCCGACUUCUACAACAAGAGACAUGAGGUGGAGGUGAAGCUGAAGGAAACAGAUGAUUUGUCCUGUGCUGCGGACACAAGUUUUGCCAUCCACGAAUACACCUUCAACAGAGAAGGAAACUGUAUUGAGUUAGGAGACAUCACUUUGCCAGAACGUGGUUCCUUAACGGAUAUUGACCUCCUAAAGUCCCACGUGUACAACGAGGGGGGAGACGAGGGGGGAGAUGAGGGGGGAGAUGAGGUGGUUGAGCGGAGGAGGAGACCAGAACAGCCGGAACCUCUACCUGUCCCAAUGGUGAUGAAAGAUGAGACCGAGAGGAAGGCAUAUAUUGUAGGGUCCCCCGCGCUGCUGUCCAGCUACGUGCUGGAGAGCGGUGUGGACAGCAUCCCGUUCAAGCUGGUCGGCUUGGGACUGAUGCCGAAUGAUGAAGUGGUCUACGCUUACAACACCAAUACCAUGGGCCAGGUCGUGAUGUGCACCAUCGUCGACAAGCAUCAGGUUGUGUACCAUCGGAGAAAAGGCAUCGCUGCUUUUGCUAUGUACCGAGAACACGAGUGUGGCGUAGUGCUUGAGGACGACUGCAACGUGAGCCGGCUGUUCCUCAAGGAGGUCCCGUCAGAGAGGGAAGCAUCGUGCACAACCCAAAAGAUCAGUUGUCGGGCAGCCAACAUCGGUGCUCUGGCCUUUCAUCUUGAUGGUGUAAUGGUUCUCUUCGACAAGGACAAGACGUGCCUCACAGGCAUCGACCGCCAGAGCAAGCGGCCUUUCAACCUGCAAGGAAACAGGAACGAGGAGUCGGGUCGCUUCAGCACCGUCACUGACCUUGCAAGUGGUCCACAAGGGGAGAUAAUCCUGUACGAUGGUGAGAAGCGUCGCCUUGUUAUCUUCAGUAGUGAUACAAAGUUCCUUAACUACAUCGAUCUGAGCAGUCUCAGCUCCUCCUGCAGCAUUGACUGCGACGACUACGGGACAGUGUUCAUUGCCGACAGGAAACAGGGAAAGGUCGUCCGGUGCGGUAUCUCCGGCCAGGAAGACAUCCUGGAAGUGUUGAAUGCGACCCAUGGUAUCACAUCCCCAUGUUGCCUGUGCGUCAGCGAGACCAAGCUUGCUGUUGGGAAUGCCAAGUCUUUCAGCGAAGCGGAAAUCCGCGUGUUUGAACUGAGUGUGUCCUUGUCAAAUGGUUGACCAUGAAGGCUUUUCGACAUUAUCCAACUCGCUGCGCCAUAUUUGGUCCUUUUGUUCGUUUGGGGUGCUUGGGUCGUAAUUAGGCUGUAGGUGAAUCAUCUGGGGCUGAUUUCGGGGCCCACUGUUUACUAUCAAUCUGACAGUUCCUCGAACACACCCUGACAAUCUGAAAAUAAAGAGUACUCAUUGAGACUUGAGUGCUUGCACCUGUCACAUAAACCUGUGUAUCAGUUGUUACCUUGCACCUGUCGGGUAAACUUGUGUAUCAGUUGUUACCUUGCACCUGUCGGGUAAACCUGUGUAUCAGUUGUUACCUUGCACUUGUCAGGUAAGCAUGUGUAUCAGUUGUUACCUUGCACCUGUCGGGUAAACCUGUGUAUCAGUUGUUACCUUGCACCUGUCGGGUAAACCUGUGUAUCAGUUGUUACCUUGCACCUGUCAGGGAAAACCUGUGUAUCAGUUGUUACCUUGCACCUGUCAGGUAAACCUGUGUAUCAGUUGUUACCUUGCACCUGUCGGGUAAACCUGUGUAUCAGUUGUUUCCUUGCACCUGUCGGGUAAACCUGUGUAUCAGUUGUUACCUUGCACCUGUCGGGUAAACCUGUGUAUCAGUUGUUACCUUGCACCUGUCAGGGAAAACCUGUGUAUCAGUUGUUACCUUGCACCUGUCGGGUAAACCUGUGUAUCAGUUGUUACCUUGCACCUGUCGGGUAAACCUGUGUAUCAGUUGUUACCUUGCACCUGUCGGGUAAACCUGUGUACCAGUUGUUACCUUGCACCUGUCGGGUAAACCUGUGUAUCAGUUGUUACCUUGCACCUGUCGGGUAAACCUGUGUAUCAGUUGUUACCUUGCACCUGUCGGGUAAACCUGUGUAUCAGUUGUUACCUUGCACCUGUCAGGUAAACCUGUGUAUCAGUUGUUACCUUGCACCUGUCGGGUAAACCUGUGUAUCAGUUGUUACCUUGCACCUGUCGGGUAAACCUGUGUAUCAGUUGUUACCUUGCACCUGUCGGGUAAACCUGUGUAUCAGUUGUUACCUUGCACCUGUCGGGUAAACCUGUGUAUCAGUUGUUACCUUGCACCUGUCAGGUAAACCUGUGUAUCAGUUGUUACCUUGCACCUGUCAGGUAAACCUGUGUAUCAGUUGAUACCUUGCACCUGUCGGGUAAACCUGUGUAUCAGUUGUUACAUUGCACCUGUCGGGUAAACCUGUGUAUCAGUUGUUACCUUGCACCUGUCGGGUAAACCUGUGUAUCACUUGUUACCUUGCACCUGUCAGGUAAACCUAUGUAUCAGUUGUUACCUUGCACCUGUCAGGUACACCUGUGUAUCAGUUGUUACCUUGCACCUGUUAGGUAAACCUGUGUACCAGUUGAUACCUUGCACCUGUCAGAUAAACCUGUGUAUCAGUUGUUAGCUCGGACCUGUCAGGUACACCUGUGUGUCAGUUGUUAGUUCGGACCUGUCAGGUAAACCUGUCUAUCAGUUGUUAGCUCGGACCUGUCAGGUAAACCUGUGUAUCAGUUGUUAGCUCAGACAUGUCAUGUAAACCUGUUUAUCAGUUGUUAGCUCGGACAUGUCAUGUAAACCUGUGUAUCAGUUGUUAGCUCGGACCUGUCAGGUAAACCUGUGUAUCAGUUGUUAGCUCGGACAUGUCAUGUAAAUCUGUGUACCUGUUGUUAGCUCGGACCUGUCAGGUAAACCUGUGUAUCAGUUGUUAGCUCGGACCUGUCAGGUAAACCUGUGUAUCGGUUGUUAGCUCGGACCUGUCAGGUAAACCUGUGUAUCAGUUGUUAGCUCGGACCUGUCAGGUAAACCUGUGUACCUGUUGUUAGCUCGGACCUGUCAGGUAAACCUGUGUAUCAGUUGUUAGCUCGGACAUGUCAGGUAAACCUGUGUAUCGGUUGUUAGCUCGCACAUGUCAGGUAAACCUGUGUAUCAGUUCUUAGCUCGGACAUGUCAGGUAAACCUGUGUACCAGUUGUUAGCUCGGACCUGUCAGGUAAACCUGUGUAUCAGUUGUUAGCUCGGACCUGUCAGGUAAACCUGUGUAUCAGUUGUUAGCUCGGACAUGUCAGGUAAACCUGUGUAUCGGUUGUUAGCUCGGACAUGUCAGGUAAACCUGUGUAUCGGUUGUUAGCUCGCACAUGUCAGGUAAACCUGUGUAUCGGUUGUUAGCUCGGACAUGUCAGGUAAACCUGUGUAUCGGUUGUUAGCUCGCACAUGUCAGGUAAACCUGUGUACCUGUUGUUAGCUCGCACAUGUCAGGUAAACCUGUGUAUCGGUUGUUAGCUCGCACAUGUCAGGUAAACCUGUGUAUCAGUUGUUAGCUCGGACAUGUCGGGUAAACCUGUGUACCUGUUGUUGUUUUUGUUUGUUUUUGUAUAUUCUCAUUUAAAUGUAUAUUUAUAAUGCGCCUAUUCCACAGCCUAAGGCAUGCUCAAAACGCUACAGAAUGUUUACAGUUGAAUUUAUAUAAUGUGCUGAGAAAAAGUGUAUUUUCACUCUGGACUUUGUGUGUUUGAGCGCAAGUUGCGUGCGGGGACAUACGGAUGUAGGAGUUCGGAGAAGUGUGAGGAGGGAGCUAAACCAUGGAGGCAGUUGUAAGUCAGACAGAGGAUCUUAAUGUCAACUCUGGCCCUAACCAGUAGUCAAUGCAGUUCUUUCAACACGGGUGCCACGUGGGAACGUUUAGAAGUCUUGCUGAUGAUGCGGGCGGAAGUGUUUUGGAUCUUUUGAAGCUUAUCAAAGUAGCUAGAAAUGGGCUUAGAGUUGGACCUGUCGGGUAAACUGUGUAGAUGAUGAUAGAUGAGACAAUACUGCAAGGUAACGGAACAUCAAGCAUGACGUUUUCCCCGUGAACAUUGAUCUGCACGUGCAUAUAUAUUCCCGACUCCAGUUUUGGCGCCAUCGUUAUGUCUCUGUUCGGUUCCACUACGCUAAAUCAAAAUCACAUGCUACCUGAGCGAGCACCGUAUGUAAACAACUGAAGAGACAGAGACAUGUGACAGCUGUGAUUGGAUGAAAUAGUGUGAGAGGUUUAUGUUUUUUGAAAGCACAUCCAUCUCGUAAUUAAAACUGACCACAAUCUUAAGUAUUUAGUGCUGUCAUUUUUAUCACCAUGACAUGCUUAUGUGUGUACAGAUAUUUUCCUGUAGGUGACAUUUGGUGCGGAAUUGGGGUUGAUGUGUUCAGCCGGACAAGUUGGCCAGAUAUUGUGUUUUAUUGUAGUUUAAAGGCCAGAUUGUACCCAUGUGUACAUGGAAUAGAUAUGGCUGUUGAUAGGCUGGACAAUUCUAAAAACAUAUAAGGUUACUAUUGAAGUCAAUGGGAAAACAUUUGGUGCUGUGUAACCUAUAAGCCUGAGCGAUUGGCAACUGGAAGCGGGAAGUAAACUGAGGUGUUACCACAGUGGAGUCUCGUUAUGACAGACCAAUGAGGAGCUCUGUAACAUUAGUCACGCUGUAGGACCUCAUAAUGAAAAGCAUUUCUUUCUUAGUGAGAGUAACAGAAUCUUGUGUUUGCUGUACUUGUUGACUUUUUGAACUCUUAUACUUGUGAUAUAAGCAGUGUUUAGUUGGUGUCACGUGGUCCUGUAAACUUCAGCAAUGUCGGUGGCGGAGAGAACAGCAUGGGUGACCGCUAGUCUGUCUCACAGUCCCUGAACCACAUUAUUUUCCAACUGCCAACUCUCUCGGCAGUGGUAAAGCCCUAAAUAAAACAAGUCUAGAUUUCCUCAGGAAUCUCUGGUCUCCCUGGGGCUGCUUUUCAAUUUAAAUGGGCUUGUUUCUUACUAUCAAAAUUAUAUAUAUUCAGAGACUAAGCAUUAGUCUAUGGUGACUGCCAGCGGCAGCUCAGGUUUCACCUCUGCCCCACACGGACACACAUGCACUGUUUCUUGGACAAGUGACUUUGUUCGAAAUAUGUUUCUGCGCAGCCAGCAAUGAACGGGUAUCCGAUGACAUGUUACUGUGAUGGGUUGUAUUAUUCCGAGGAAGAUGAGGAUGAACGUCGAGUGCAAACUGAUCCAUUUGUUAUAAUGUUGUGUUCUUAGCAUGUUGUCAUGUGUAUUCGUAUUGAAUUCUUCUUUCUUCUUCUUUUCAUUCUAAUCAGAUCUUAUUAAUGUGUUAUUACUCGCCCGUGGAAGAUAAUGUGUCUUUAUUACUCGCCCGUAGAAGAUACUGCAGUGUAAUAUUUUUUGCGGCAUUAUUAUAUUCUUAAGGGUGAAAUACUGUAAAUAUUGGUGAAAAUAAAAUGGUAUUUUCACUGAGUAGAAUAUCACUUUUAUCUGGAACUAGUUUCUGAUUAAAGAGCUAUGCAGACU